CGCCGUAAUACCUAAUACCAUCAUCGAUCGCUAGCUAUGCAUCCCCACUCGUCUAUUAAUACAUAACCCCAGCUCUAAAUAUGUCAUCCCGCCUCGACCAAGUUAUCAAGGGCGCUCCAAGCACCACCGCCCUGUCCCUGUCCCCGACCAGCACUCCAUCCCCGCCUCUUGAAUCCCAAUACCACUUUCAGCAGCAGCAGCAGCAACAGCAGCAGCAAGGACAUCCGUCCCAAGAAGAUCCUCCCAGCCCUCUCACCGUUGCUCCAGACCCCCUCUCCACCCUGCCCUCCUCCCCGCCGCAAAUCUACCUAAAUCUGCUCAUCCUCGAAACCUCCCUGCGCUCCCAAUACCUCGCCCUCCGUGCCCGCCGGCAGCAAAACACCUUCUUCAUCCUCCUCCUCGCCCUCUGGAUCGCCUAUUUCUCCUACGCGCUCUUCCUGCGCCCUCGCGAAGAUGGCCGCGGAGUCGGCGGCUCCGUCUACUGGGUUGUCGAGAUGGCCGAGAAAGUGGCAUUGAUGGGCGGGGUGGUGACUGGCGUGCUGAUAUGGGGGACGGGGCAGUGGGAAAGGGGCGUGCGGUGGCCGCGACGCUGGCUAGGCGUUGCCAACCGCGGUCUGAGAAGCAUGAAUACGAAGAUUGUGGUGUUGAGGGGCCCCUGGUGGAAAGAGGCGUGGUCGUAUCUGGCUUUUUUAUUCCCGUUUCCCUACGAGGUGUUUUUCCCGUCGACGUUUCAUUACGUGGAGUCUACGGCGGGUCUUUCUUCUUCUUCUUCUUCUGGCAAUGGUGGUGGUGAGAAAGGUCGCAAAUCCCGUCCCUACGACGACGGCGGCCACUCACACAGCGACGGUGGCGCGCCGGGCACAACCGUAGUGGAAGAAGACAUUGCCCCAGGCGGUGACUACAUCAAGCUCCUCCUGCUCCCGAAAUCCUUCUCCCCCGCCUUCCGCGAGAACUGGGAUGAAUACCGCUCCGACUACUGGGAGAAGGAGAAUGAGCGCCGCGCCGCGCUGCGGCGGAAGUUGAAAGAGCAGCGGCGCGAGCACGCGAAGAUGGCGGGCGGGUGGUUCUGGUGGAUGAGGCUCCUGUGGGCGCCGAAAUCACUACCUAUGCCGGUAUUAUCGACUACUUCGUCUGCGGGGAGGAGGCCCACGACGCCUUCUGGGAGUAGCAGUCAUGGCCGUGGCGCCGGUGGCCACGCCAAUUCCCACUCCCAUUCGCACCACCACCACCUCUCCCACCAGAGAGACGCAUCCACAACAUCUACGAAACGCCGGCCGGGACCGCAACACCAGCAAGACCGUGAUGCCAUGACGCAUUCCCGCACCUCCUCGCGCAGCACGACGCCGAACCCGGUCUCGGACACCGAUGAUCCUCCCCACAACAACAACAAUAAUAGUAAUAGUAACCAGAGCGACCGCCAGCGUCGAAGGAGGGGUAGCUCUGCAGCAUCGACGUCGGGCAGCGAGCGGAAAAGGCGGAAUAAGUCUGCUUCGUCUUCAUCUAGUGCUGCUGGUGGUGGUGGUGGUGGAGUUGGCAGCGGUGGUGGAGCGAGAGCACCAUCGCCGUUAACAAGGAUCGAGCCUGUAGGGCAGGUAUAG